AAGAGAAUAAGAGUUUUGUUAAUUUUCACUCUUUUAUAUUCUUCUUCCUCAUCCUCAUCCUCUUCCUCUUCCUCUUCCUCUUCCUGAAAGCUCUGUAAUUACACGUACACAGCUUAAAGCUUAUCAAUCGAAAAUGGCGGGCGAAGAAGAAAAGGAGACACUAUUGAAUAAGAAAGAAGAGCACUACUACUACGAGAAUUGCCCCGGUUGUAAGGUGGAUCUUCAUCAGGCGGGUCAAACUGGUUUGCCCAUUAAGGAGCUUUUUACUGUAUGGGUCGUAGUGCUUGGCACAGCACUUCCAAUAUCAUCUCUCUUUCCAUUUCUUUAUUUCAUGAUAAGGGACUUUCACGUUGCAAAGAGAGAGGAAGAUAUUGGUUCCUAUGCAGGUUAUGUAGGUUCUGCAUUUAUGUUUGGAAGAGCUUUAACAUCUGCCUUUUGGGGCGUUGUGGCUGAUAAAUAUGGAAGAAAACCAGUUAUAAUUUUCGGUACUUUUACAGUGGUUGUUUUCAACACUCUUUUUGGUCUUAGUAUCAACUUUUGGAUGGCUGUUGUAACAAGAUUUCUUCUUGGUAGUUUAAAUGGUUUGCUUGGACCAAUAAAGGCAUAUGCUGCUGAAAUUUUUCGUGAAGAAUAUCAAGCACUUGGAAUGUCAACGAUUAGUACUGCUUGGGGCAUCGGAUUGAUCAUUGGCCCAGCUUUAGGAGGCUUCCUUGCUCAGCCUGCAGAGAAAUAUCCAAACAUAUUCUCAAAGGAUUCUAUAUUUGGGAGAUUUCCCUAUUUCUUGCCUUGCCUAUGCAUAUCACUGUUUUCCUUGGUCGUGGCUAUUGGUUCAUUUUGGCUUCCGGAAACAUUACAUAACCACAAUUCAGAAAUGGCGUCUCAAGAUUCUUACAACGCUCUGGAGGCUGCAUCAGAUACAAAAGAUGGAAAUGAUUCAGCCCCAAAAGAAAACCUUUUUAAGAACUGGCCAUUGAUGUCAUCUAUCAUAGUAUACUGCGUCUUCGCUCUUCAUGAUAUGGCUUACUCAGAGAUUUUCUCAUUAUGGGCUGUGAGCCCCAGAAAGUUAGGGGGCUUAAGUUAUUCAACUGCUGAUGUUGGUGAAGUACUAUCGAUUUCAGGACUUGGACUUCUGGUCUUUCAACUUACUUUGUAUUCAUCGGUUGCCAAGUAUGUUGGCCCUAUCAUGACUACUCGGGUUGGAGGAGUUUUGUCAAUUCUUUUACUGAUGAGUUACCCUUAUAUCGCUAUGCUGUCUGGGACCACCCUCUCCGUGGUUAUGAAUUUCUCAUCCAUGAUGAAGAAUAUUUUUUCUAUCUCGAUCAUAACAGGGUUGUUCAUAUUACAAAAUAAAGCAGUGGACCAGCGACAACGGGGAGCUGCUAAUGGAAUUGCAAUGACAGGAAUGUCAUUUUUUAAGGCUCUUGGCCCAGCAGGGGGAGGAGCACUCUUUUCUUGGGCUCAAAAAAGGCUAGACGCUUCCAUUCUUCCAGGUAAUCAAGUGGUAUUCUUUGUGUUGAAUGUGAUUGAGGCAAUUGGUGUGUUGCUGACAUUCAAACCAUUCAUAGUUGAAACACAAAAUACUAAUUAAUCAGAUGAGACCUUAUGUAUUUCUAUUAUGAUUAUUUUUUAGUACACUAUUUUACGCAUCACAACAAUUAGGCAUUGAUGAGGGUAUCCUUUUGUAACCAAGUCAAUUAAAUCAGUUCAAUUUGAAUGAAAUUCAUCUACAUAGAUAGAA